AUGUCCAGCAAGGUACUCGUUAUUGGGGGUGCUGGCGCCCUUGGUCGUGGCGUCGUUCACCGCUUUGCCUGUGCGUCAUGGGGCGUCACUUCAGUAGGCUUUGCAGCGAACGAAGAGGCGGAACAUAGCGAGCUCCUACCAAAGCAAAACGUGCUCAAGGAGGCAAAGCAGACGCUGCAGGAGAUCUCCAGCAGAUAUGGCAAUGUGAACUCUGUCGUGUGUACGGCAGGAGGCUGGGCAGGAGGCAGCAUCCGUGAUGCAAGCUCGCUGGCCAAUCUAUCGGACAUGACUGCCAAGAAUCUCGAGUCGGCUUUCUUAGCGACGUACUUGGCAAGUCACUUGCUCGUGCCUGGAGGCUUACUCGUUCUGACUGGGGCCACUGCAGCACUCAAGGCGACACCUGGCAUGGUAUCGUACGGAGCGAGCAAAGUGGCGACGCAUCAUUUGGUCGCUAGUGCCGUGACGGAGCUGCCUGAGAAUGCGUCAGUACUGGGUGUCCUGCCGACGACAAUCGAUACGCCAAUGAACCGUCAGUUUAUGGCCGACGCUGACUAUUCCAGCUGGACCAAGGUGGAGGAUAUCGCGCAAAAGAUCUACGAAUGGUCGACUGCUUCCCAUGAUGCGCGUCCUCCCAGCGGACACUUGGUCACUUGUGUCACGGAGAAGAAUACGACGGCUUGGACGGACGUGGGCAACCCGUUUUUGUAG